CAGCUCCCCUUGGGGUCUUGUUCGUUUCGCUUACAGUUCAGCUGUUAAAACAAACAAAAUAAUAAAUUAACGGACGCAAUUGCUGAGAUUUAUAGCCUUGAGUGAAGAAUGGAAACGGUCUGUAUGGAUAACGUAGCUGCAAGUAAAAGUUCUCGAUGUAUCCAAAAUUUCAAACCCUGGUUUCUGGAAAACAGAAGCGUAUCUCACAGAUGAGUCAUCUGAAAAGGAGGGACAGCGUCCUCGAUGGCGCCGCAGCCUUGCGGUCGUGCGUUGCCAUGGAAACGUCUGCCCCAUCUCCCAAAAAAACAGCGGCGAAGAAGAAAAAGGCGGAAGUCAGGGUGGAUUCAAGGCAACACAAAGACAGUGUCACGGCGACUAGAACAAUGGCGUCGUUCGAGGCGAACAUGCGACGAGGAAAACAACUGGAAACUGAUGGCGGAAAUGGCAUUGUGUUGUACAGUAAAGACCUCCAGGAUGUGACUGCUCAUCAAGAAGAAAAUCCCUCUCAGCCUCCGUGGCCGAGCUCCAUACUUGAGUUGGAGGAUGCAAUGAUUCCACAGCAUCCACAUAUUAAAGAGGAAGAGACUGUCUUUGAUGUCAGCAAGUUGCCAAAGACUGGUGUCUCCGUUAAGAAUGAAGAUGAUCAUGAAGAACCACACAAAUUUUCACAGCUUCAUCAACACAGCUCGUGUGGUGGAGACCACUGUGGGGGACCACCACCAGACAAAGUCCUAGCGCCACUGUCAGACAGUGACGACAUGGAAGAAGCUUUGAGGAGUGACACGGAUUGUGAGGGUUACCACAAUCCAUUAAAAUCAUCUGAAAAGAAGACAACUCUCGGCAACAAGGAAACCUCACAAAUACGUAAACAACAUGUUACCUGUUCCGUCUGUGGUAAAAUUUACAUUACAAAUCACAUGAUUAGACACGUGAGAACAGAUACAGGAGAAAACUCCUUUAUCUGUUCAUUGUGUGGUAAAACAUUCACUGUGAAGUCAAACCUGGUAUCACACAUGAGAACACACAUAGGAGAGAAACCAUUGUGUUGCUCAACUUGCGGUAAAAAGUUCACUCUAAACCCAAACAUGGUAAAACACAGGAAAACACACACAGGAGAAAACCACUUUCACUGCUCAGUGUGUGAUAAUACAUUCUCUCAUAAAUCAUACACGGUAUCACACACGAGAACCCACACAGGAGAAAAACCCUUCUGUUGCUCAAAAUGUGGUAAAACAGUGACGCUGAAGUCAGACAUGGUUAAACACAUGCGAACGCACACAGGAGAAAAACCAUAUCAUUGCCCAUUGUGCGAAAAAACAUUCAGUCAAACAUCUCAUGUGGUCACACACAUGAAAAUACACACUGGAGAAAAAACAUUUUGCUGCUCAAUUUGUGGGAAAACAUUCACUCAAAAGCGACUGAUGGCGGCACACGGGAGGACACACACAGGAGAAAAACCAUUUAGUUGUUUAGUUUGUGGUAGAUCAUUCUCUCAAAAGCCAAACAUGGUAGCACAUAUGAGAAUACACACGGGAGAAAAACCUUUUAGUUGUUCAGUCUGUGAUAAAACAUUUUCUCAAAAACAAAAUCUGGUCUCACACACGAGGAUACACAAAGGAGAAAGACCUUUUAGUUGUUCAGUUUGUGGUAAAACAUUCUCUUUAAAACAAAAUCGUGAAACGCACAUGAGAACACACACGGGUGAAAAACCAUUUAGUUGCUCAUUGUGCGCUAAAACGUUCUCGCAAAAGGUCGGCAUGAUAGCACACAUGAGAGCACACACGGGAGAGAAAGCGUUUUCUUGCUCCGUUUGUGGUCUGUCAUUCUCUUUAAAACAUAAUCUAGUAACACACAUGAGAACACACACGGGAGAAAAGCCAUUUAUUUGCUCAGUGUGUGGCGAAAGCUAUGCUCAUAGGACCAGUUUAACUGUACACAUGCGGACGCACAACAACAGAGAAAAAAACAUUAUAAGUAGCCUCCCUACAAUAUCACGGCAUGUCAAGUCGACCUCAUAUUCUUUGAAUCAAAUUUCCCCUCCCAAGGAACAAAUUUCAAUGUCCUCGAAUGUUCGUAUCCCCCCAUAAAAUAAAUACAAUGUCCAACCCGUGACAAUUUUAUCCUAGAAAAAUAACUUUACAGAUGUUUUUGAAAAAUUCACCAGCAACAGCAAAAACAGUCACACGCAGGAAAGACUAAUUUCUGCUCAUAUAAAUCCCUCCAUGCAUCCAUUUUCUUCCACACUUGUAGGCUCGUGUUGCUUUUUCUUUUCUGCACCUCAGUGGUUCCUUAGUGUGCAUUGUUCGAGUUGUUCAUUUGUUGUUUCUGUGACGUCCUAUUUCAGACAUUUUCUUCCUUGCAUUUGAAAAUCAACUUCAAUUUGCAGAGUUCGAUAUUAAGUAAUUUAUCAAAAAUUUAACUGAAAAUAUGUUUUCUUGCUUAUCCACUGAUGAAGUUUGGGAAAAUAUCUACACCCCUUUUUGCGAAAAAACAUUGGCCUAUAAAGGUGAAGCAGAGAGUGAACAGUAAACAACAACAAUAACUGUAAAGAACACUUUCUUCAAGUGAAUUAAGCUCAUCAGAAAAUAAAAUAACCUUUACAAACAAACUUUACAAGUGUCAAAGUAAAUCUUUUUAACUUACCUGUGGAAUGUUUUCUCACAGCCACGAAACUGGCAAUUAACGCACAGGUCACAUGGCUGUUUUGGGAGUAUCAGGAUGGUGGAUGGCGAUUUCAGUUUUGGUGGCCAAUGAGCGAUCCAGCCUCUUUUUUUUUUUAGAUCCGUGGCCUAUUCACCGCAGCACCUCAAG